CGUAGCGCAGUCCACCUUCCGCUCCACUUAGCCCUGGCUAGCACCCUAAGGCAUCCCCACUCCUUAAACCCUCCCCCGGCCCAGAGCUUGCCCCAGCUACCCUACUUUUCCUCCGCUCCCCUCCUGGCUCAGACCUUUAAGCCACCCCCUACCUCGACCCCAACCUUAGCCCAGCAUUCUCCCUCAUCCUUGCGCCCUUAACUUUCCAGACCCAACGCCCCACUGCCCUCUCCCUUCCCCCUGCUCCAGGGGCGCUUGCUUUGUCACCCACCUUCACUUCCUUCUUCAUCCCCUUUCCCAGUCCCCCCAAUUCUGCUCCUCGGACCCGUGCCCCGCCCCGCUCCGGCCAUGCCCUGGGCAUCCAGCGGGCCCGCCCUAUCCGUCUUGGUCCUCCUGGGAAUCCUGGCGGCCGUCAUGUCGCUCCUCUCGUCGCAGCUCCUCUUCCAACUCCAGGCGGGCCGCGCGGAGCUGUGGGGCCGGUCCCUAGGCAUGGAGGGGGCGGCCGAGGGGGCCACCGGGGUCUUGCUGCCCUUGGCCUCGGCGCUGAGUGCGCUUUGCCUGGUGCUGAACCUCUGCGCUCUCUUCUUCUGCCUCCUGCUGUGUCAUCUCAGCGCCGAGCUGGCACGGACCAGCCCAGACAGGGCUGACUGGUUCCUGCUGGACAGCCGUUGCCUCCGCCACAUCUCCAUCGGCUUCUUCUGCUGUGGCGUCUCUGUGUACUUAGCAGCUCUGUCUAUCUACAUGCUGCUGCUGUUUGAAAUGGAAACGGGGAUUGUCGGUGCUUGCAUCCUGUCCUCGGGUGUAGUGGUCCUGUUAAUCACCCUCACGCACAUACUGCUCAGGGCCUCAAAGGCCUCCCACCGGCGUCUGCCUGAGCCAGCCCACACACUCUAUGAGAACAACAGCACCCGCCCGACUAGGGACCUCUACAAGCAGGCCCCAAGUGGCAGGCCCAGACCUGACAUCCAUCGGGAGUUCUCCUACCCUCCUUUCCUGGAGGCUCGACCUCACCUGGCCUCAUCUUCACUGCCCACGGGGAAUCCUGGGCCCUCUGAGGAGGGUGACCGCGUGGCACCCAGGAUGCACCGGACGCUGUCGGCAGAGUCGGGGUUGCUGGGGGCCCGGGCCAGACCCUGGAAUGGGGUGGCUCAGGAGAUGAGGGGCGUGCUGAGUCGAAAAACUGGCAGCUCUGGAAAAGACUCUACCCUGGUGUGAACACUCCACUGGGAGCCCUCGGUGUAAACCAGUCCAGGGCUUCGGAUUGUGGACUGAGGUUACCAGCCAGGUGUCCCAGAGAUCUCAUAGAAUCAUAGGAUUUAGAACCGGGAGGGACUAUCUUGUCCAAUUUCAUUUCUUUAGCUGGGGAAACCAAGGCCCAGAAAGGUUAAGGGGGUUCACCCAAGGCCACAUAGCUAGUGCAUAGCAAAGCUUUGAUGCAUACCCAGGUCUUCUGACUCCAGACCUUCUAAAGAGCAUUCUACUACAGCAUGCUGAGGCUGAAACUGAAGCCAUCAGGUAGAGUCUAAGGGUCUUAGUGGACUGCCAGGUCAACAUGAAUGCAUAGA